UACAGUCCUUGAACGCGAUUUAGCUACUUUGCUUAAUAGGUAUCGCCCACAUCUAGGUAACCCUAACAACUGCAUUGCGACGCACAUCUGCAACCGUAACCUUGAGCAGCUUAGGCGCAAGCCACUAAAUUAGCACUUAAGUUGGCCUAACGAUGUUCCUAGGAGGCUACCUGGGCAGCUGCGCUGCCCAGCUGGCCACUUUCGCAGCAUGCACCGCUUGCCAGUGUGCCUCACGCGAGGUGUUGCGGCAUAGCGCUCGGGUCGCGUGGUCGGUCCUCUUUUUUCUGGCGAUGAUAGCGGCCUGGGUCCUGCGCGAUUUUGCAACGCCACUCCUUCAGAAAAUUCCAUGGAUUGUAAAAGGCGUAUCGCAGGAUGAUAUGGACAAAUGGUUUGGCCAGCAGGCGGUGUAUCGCGUCAGCAUGGGCAACUUCCUCUUCUUCGCAUGCAUGUCCCUUGCGAUGGUGGGCGUGAAGUACAGGGGCGACAAGCGCGAUCGCUACCUGCACCACGGCCACCCGCUGUUGAAGCUUGGCAUGUGGCUCCUCUUCACGAUGCUGCCCUUUUUCUUCCCCAACGAUGUCCUAAACAUAUACAGCUGGGCCGCGCGCAUCGGCUCCGGCAUCUUCCUCAUCAUCCAGAUGAUCAUCCUGUUGGAUUUCGUGCAGUGCUGGAAUGACAGCUGGGUGGCGGCUGGCGAGGAUGACGAGCGCUGGCUGUACGGCCUCAUGGGCCUCACGUGUACGGCGUACACCGGAACGCUAACGCUGGCAGGCCUCAUGUACUACUGGUUCAAGCCGGCGGGUGCUGGUUCCUGCUCGCUCAACAUCGCGCUCAUCACGCUCACGCUGGUGCUGGUGGCGGGAUUCAGCGGCCUCUCGCUGGCCAGACAGGGCUCCAUCUUCCCCGCCUCCGCUGUCGCCCUGUACGCCGCCUACCUCUGCUUCUCAGCCCUCCAGUCCGAGCCACGCGACUACGCAUGCAACGGCCUGGCACACCGACUCACCGCGGCUUCAGGUGGCACGCUGGCGGUGGGCAUGCUGUUUACGCUGGCCUCCGUGGUGUACGCGGCCUUCCGCGCCGGCUCCAACACGGCGCUGUUCACGUUGGAGGGGUCGGAGGCGGCGCCGGAGACAGCGGCGGAGCGUCAAGCCCUGCUGGCCGCUGAGGAGGGCGGCGGCACCUCUGCGGGGCUGGACGGGGUACCGGACGUGGCGGAGGCAACCCGGCAGGCGGUCACGGGGGAGGCGGGCAGGACGCCCCAGCAGCAGCAGGACGCCGCCGCGCUCGCCCCCGUCAGCUACAACUACUCCUUCUUCCACCUCAUCUUUGCGCUCGCGUCCAUGUACAUCGCCAUGCUCAUGACUGGGUGGGGCAGCGAGGUGCAGGCCAAGGACCGUAUUGACAUCGGUUGGACUAGCGUGUGGGUCAAGACGGGGGCCCAGUGGGCCACCGCCCUGCUCUACAUGUGGACGCUGCUGGCACCCGCACUCUUCCCGGACAGGGACUUCUCGUAAAUGUACUACAGCUAGGUUGUACGACAGGAUGGUAUCGAGGGUGUUGUCCUGCCGUAUCAAUCCCAGUGGAGACGUACGGGAAGAGAUGAAGUAACUAUAACGUUGCCUAGGCCACUGGCACUGUGCCUGUCCUCACUCAACACGCUAUGUAAAACAGCAGGGGCUUGGCUUUAUGGGCACUUUGUGGUGUCAUGUGUUACGGUUUUGGUUUUUGGGUCCUUACUCGCCGUUAGGGCCUUGACUUGCCGUUUGGAAGGGCGUGGCGGCGGUUAGCAGCGGUCGCAGGUCAGCAGCUGAGAGUUAACUUUGCGCCGUCGUUGGCGUUUGCAGGGCUGGUUACGUUUUCUCUUACGUGCUCUUGUCACAUCUGACGCAUCGUUCGCAUGAUUUCGCAUUGGUAGGGACUGGUGGUGCAUGAAGUUGUUGCGCGCUGGGAUACAGAGCAGGACAAGUUUAACAGUGGGACGUCUGUUGCAUGUUUGGCCGAUUAUUCGGAGGGGGCGGUCAGCUACUGAAGGAAGCGGAGGAGCGUUUAGCCGGCUGCUGUUGACAACCUGGUACGCAUUUGUACAAAUAUCGGAUUGGCAUACUAAUUACUUUGUACCAAUGUAAUCGACACCGUUGGUUUUCAUCAUCGUCGUCGUGAGGCAAAGCCAUUCGUAAAUGGGUAUAAAGAUACGACAUGUUCCUGCGUGUGGGUCAUGUCGUACUUGCAUGUGGGUCAGUAGCGCAUACGUGGAGCAGGCGGGGCUGAUGACAUCUUGAAAGCUCUUAAGCGCGGGUUGGGACAGGGUUUAGGCACGGGCUGGGAUGUUAGGAGAAAGCGAC